CAUAAGGAUUACGAAACCAAAAUAAAAUUUAUAAUUUCGUUGCGAAAAAUUGUUUAUUAUUUUAAUUUGAUAGCAACUGUAAUAUUCAUAAAUAAAGUAUUCAAUUGAAUUCAUUUUAAAAAUUUUAAAGUGUUAUUUGAAUUGGUUAUUACUACAAAAGAUGACUUCAUAAAAUUUCGAUACAUUUUGUAAUCCUUGAGAAGCCCCCAUUCCUCAUAACAAGCCAUCAAUAAGUUUUUUUCUAUAAUAAUCUUCAAAAACAAGAAGUUAAAAAAUAACACGAUUGUCAUUCAAAUAUGUUUUUAACAUUGUACUAUGUUGCUGCUACUUAUGUUCAAAGUUGGAGAUUUAGGAACGUUUGUAAUAAAAUUACAGAGAAGAUAGCAGGAAAAAAUAGUGUUGCUUUUUAUAGCAUACCUAUUGAAGGUAAUGAAAUAGUAAGUUCAACCUCAGAGCUUUGCACAAAUCGUAGUCAAGCCCGAAUUUCAGAUUUUUUAUGGUUAAGAAAUAAUCAAAGAGGAUGUUCUUUAAUACCGCUUCAAAAAUUACAUUUGGCGCCUUGGAUAUCGUUUCCAGAACCGCCAAAUCUCAUUCCAUUUGAAUUAAGUCAAUCAAAAUUGGAAUUACAAUUAAAUGAGGAUAACUUGAUAUAUUUACUACUAGAGACUGAUGUCAUUCCAUUAAAAGAAAAGUUAGAUGAAAAUUUUGUAGUUAUGAUUGAGGAAUAUGGUAAGCCAAUUGCAUGGAAAAUCGAUUCUCAUUUUGCGGUUUUGCUACAAUCUGAUAUUGAUCAUUUCACAAAGUUAAUAAUAUCUACCUUUAUGCAAGAUAAUUUUACAAUUAACGAUCAUCUUCCAUUAAUUCGAAUUGAAUCUGUUUGCUAUGAAGGACAACCACAGCCUUUUGAAUUAAUAAAAAAUCAUUUACAGAAGCAAUUGAUUAGUCGUGCUGUGCGGCAAUUGUCAGAUGAAGAUUGGCAAAAACAUUUAGUAGGAUUAAGAAGCCUAAGUGUACUUGCAAGUCAAGCUACGGAGUUUGAAUACAAUAAAAACCGUACAGAAGGAAAGACAGGAAUAGUUAAACCUGACCUAAUACCUUCGACAUCCCUAAGCAAAAAUACAGAUGAAAUACUCACAUCUACAUCAUUAGAUUCAAAGCGAAGCCCAGCGAAAAAGGUAAUAUCAUCACCUCGUGGAAGCCCAAUAAAAAUUGAAGCGAAAGUUAGCCCUAUGCGUAGAGCUCCUGAAGAACCUGUACCAUCCGUUUCACCAAAAGGAUCUCCAUUAAAACCAUCUCCACUGAAAUCCUCUCCAUCGCAAGCAAUGCCAAUUUCAUUUUCACCUUCAAAAACCUCGCCAUCGAAGUCAGCUCUUUAUCAGCAAAAAGCAGAAACACCAAAGAAAGAGGAAAUCCAACUUUUGCAAAAAGUUACAGAAAUAGUCCAAAAUGAUUCUCAUAUACCCACCAGUUCUAGUGAAAAAAUAGAGACUGAAACAAACACUAUCAAAAAAGCUUCCGUUUCUAAUAAGCCAAUUGAAGAAACUACAAAAACUUUUAUUGCUUCUGAAUCUGACACUGCAGAAUCAAAUCAAAAAAAGAAACCUGAACCGAUAAUUUCCGUUCAAAAAGAUAAUACUAAACGACCUAGUUUAAAACGAAAUAAACGUAGCUUAAGUGACAACAAACCUCCAAACAUUCUAGUCUAUUCAAAUAGCGCUAGUGCUAAAGACAGUGUCAUCUCAUCUUUGAAAGAUAUCUUACAACCUGAUACAUAUACAAUUUAUUCGCUUACACUUCAGCAAAUUGCAGAAAAAAUAUGGGCUGACAACACAUUUUUACUGAUUGUUUGUGGAACUAUUGAAAAUCAAUUUGGCGAAAUUCUAUUAGAUUAUUUUCUUAGGGGAGGCCGAAUGUUGUCAUUAUGUUCUGAUGUAUUACAUAUAGUUUUACCAACAUAUCGCACAGCCGAAGUAAGAGAACAUGAAUUAGUUCAAUUUUCUUAUGGUAAGUGGGAAAAGAUUAAAAUGAUGCAUCAUAUAUUUUGUUAUCAACCCUCACCAGUUCGAAAACAUUUUUCAACUGAUAGCGAAGAUUCUAGUUCCACUUUAACUAAAAAACCAGCUCUAGUAUGUCCAAGGUCCAUCGAAAUGAAAGAUCUUCAGGGAUCAUCACAUAAUUUGGAUGUUAAGAUAUUAGGAAGCGAAGAAACCUGGAAUACUCCUAGUAUAUUACUGGCAAACGAUAUUAAAAGUGGUGGUAAAGCUGUUUUCUCUCAAAUUCAUUUAGAAACGGAUCCAAGUCAAUUUGAAUACGAUGAAUCAAAAUAUAAUAUAUUAAAAAGAAGUGAUAAGGCAAGACUAGAAAUUUUGGCUGAUUUGUUAAAAAGUUAUUUAGACAUUAAGAUUAAAGAUUUAACUAAUAUCGAUACAAAUGGACCUAAAUGUGUGUAUAAGAAUGCAUAUUUUUUGGGAAUGCAUGAGGAAAAAUUUGAACUGUUGGGGAAAUUAAAAGAAUUUAUGGAUUCAAAUGAAAUUAUACAAACCAAAAAUAUUGCAUUAAGAUUUUGUGGUAAAAAUGUUACACCGCCAAAAGCUAGUACAAAUUUACUACCUAUACUUAUACAUUCGUGUCCAGAAGAUUUUUCUACCGUUGAAUAUUUUGAAAAUCUCAAAACAACUUCAAUCGGACGUUUGGUCAUAUAUGCGCCUAUAAUUAGCAGUUCUCAACAUGUUAUAUCAGAUUUAACAUUAGUUCAUGGAAUUGCUGUUAUUCCUCGACAUCAAACAGAAGGAUCUGGUCGUCAUAGUAAUCAGUGGUUAAGCCCAAGUGGAUGCGCUAUGUUUUCGAUACAAUUACACUUUGAUCUGAAUUCAAAAUUAGGACAAAAAAUUUCGUUUGUUCAACAUUUAGUAACAAUAGCUAUUGUUAAUUCAGUAUUGAAACGGGAUGGCUAUGAGAAUUUGGAAAUUAAAAUUAAAUGGCCAAAUGAUAUUUAUUCGAAUAAAACAAAAAUUGGUGGAAGUGUUGUUAAUACAACAGUUGUUGAAUCAAAAGCAAUUUGUAAUAUUGGUGUUGGAGUAAAUUUAACGAAUUCAUCCCCAACAACAUGUAUUAAUGAUAUUAUAUCCGAAUAUAAUAGUCUUAAUCAUAAAAAACUUCCUCAAAUAGGAUAUGAAGAAUUUAUUGCCUCAAUAUUUAAUGAUAUUGAAGAAUUAAUUAAUUUAAUUGAAUUAUCUGAUUUAAAAAAAGUAUAUGAUUUAUAUUAUAAAUAUUGGAUGCAUAGCAAUCAAGAAGUUAAAAUAAUGAAUAAAAAUAAUGUUGAAAAAAAUGCAACAAUUAUUGGAAUAGAUGAUUAUGGUUAUCUAAAAGUACAAACAAACGAUGGUACAGUUGAUUCUGUACAACCAGAUGGUAAUAGUUUUGAUAUGAUACGUGGACUAAUACUGCCCAAAUAAAGGACUUAUUAAAAAAUAGUUAUGUAUUUAAAAAAUUUUAAAAAUCAAAUUAAAUAGUUAUAUUAAUAAAAUAAAAAAAAAUUGAAAAUUAUAGGUAUAUAUGAUUGAAAAAUUUCCAGUCAAUUCAUCAGUUAAUAAAAUACUAUAGACAAAAUCUAAAUAGAGAAUUACCAUUAAUUUGCUUAGUUCAAAAAAUGGAAAAAAUGAACUAUCAAAUUAAGUAGCUUAAAUGGCUAUUCAAUGAUUUCGUCAAUGAUUUUGAUGAUGAUUUGUCAAUGUAAUUUUGGGUUAACUAUUUUAGUAUUUGUGAACAAAUCAUAGAAAAUACAAUUAAAAAAAAAAAAACUAGUAUCGUAAUAUGUUUUUUAUAUUAAAUUUUUUCGUGAUAUAAUUCUAAAAAUGUAUAACCAAAUCAAUAAAUUUGUAUAACAUUAGAAUUUUCACAUUUAAUCAUAAGACGAUUGUUCACUAAAUUUUUUAACAAUUUUGAAAACUUGUCGAAUUUUAGCUAUUUCAUGUUCCAAUAAAUUAAAAUUUUUAUUACAAAAAAAAAAAAAAUUAUAAAAUUUUAUAUUUAAUAUAAACAAAAACAAGGCAAAAAAAAAAUAAAUCAAAUUAUUUGAUAUUUGACUGGAGAUGAUUUAAGAAACACAUUUGAUAAUUAAUUUAUUUUUAUUAAUUAUAAAAUCUUAAUACACAGACGAUUAGAAAAAUAUUUGAUAUUUAAGUUAAUUUUGUAUGCAACAGUAUAAAGUGGGUAAGAUACGCUUUCUAGCUUAAUCACGAAAAAUAAUUACAACUAUUGAAAUUCGGUAGGAACUGAAUAUAAUAAUAUUAAAAUUUAAAAAAGAACAUACAUACUUUUACUUUGUGUGUAAUCUUUGCAAAUAUUCAAUUACAUAUCACAUUUUGCAUAAAAAUAUAUGUAUGUAUAAUAUUUAUUGAAAGAACAAAAGCUAUAUUACCAUGUCCAUAUAAAAUACUAAACAAAUCUUACCUUUUUUUGAAAUUUAUAAUACAUACAAUUAGAUUAAUAUUAUUAGUUAAGAGAGCCAAAAUAAAAAAAAAUUGCUAAUUUUCUUUCACUGGGAAUGCAUAAUCUGAUUAGGUUUCCAUUCCAAUUCAAAAUUUUGUUUUGGAUAAAUCAAAAAUAAGGAAUAUGUAAUAAGUAAAAAUUUACUACUAAAUCUACUUCAUCUAAUUACAUGAAAGUCAAAAUGUUAAAAAUUAUAAAAAUACAUGCAUAUGUAUAUUAUUUUUUCGUGUUCAGUUACAUAAACAUCUUUAAAGUAAAUUCAGUUUUUAUACACCUAUAUGACUCAGUUUUAAGGACAGUGACUGGUUUUAAAAAUCCGUAAUUUCACUGUACAAAUACAAAAAAAUCCCCAUAAUCCUUUCAUGUAAAAAUUCAUAAUUUUUUUUUUUCUAAUGUUAGGAAUUUCUUUUGAAAAUUUUUGAAACUUUUGAAUAAUUUCAUAAAAUAACAAUGUGUUUUAAUAUUAUAUUAAAUAAUAUAAUUGAAUAUUUAGCACUCUGAAUAAAAUUUUAACAUCCAUAACAAUAUGUAAGUUUAUAAUUGUAAGUACUUACAUUGCAUAUAAUUAAUUGGUGUUCCUCUGUCUAUACAUAUAUUGUUUUACUUACCACUUCAAAAUUAUGUACUUAAUUUUAAAUAUUAUAUUAUUUAUCGUGCUUAAGUUACUUAAAAAUAAUAAAGCGAACCUACUGCAAAUUGAAACUCAAAAAUAUAUAAAUACUUCGAGUUUAUUGUAUGCAACUAUUAUAAAACAUAUUUAAACAUAUAUUCUGUAAUAGACAUAUUAUUCAAAAAAAAAAAAAAAACAUACAUACAUAUGUAUAUCUUCAUAUUAAAUAAGUAAAACAUUCUAUAAAAAAAAUUUAACUGAAGUGCAUUUAUAAUCAAGCGAAUAAAAAAUUAUACAUAUACCAGUACCUAUGUAUUUUGAAAAAUUAGUUAAAAAUAUUCAAUAUUUUAAAAUACUUAUUGUUAAAUUAAAAAUUAAAAACACUAUUUAUAUUAUAUAAAACGCCUUGAAUUAAACAUGUAAAAUUAAAUAUUGAAUGAAACCAUAUAUAUAUAUAUAAAUUUAAUAUAUUGUAGGAAGAGUUUAAAUUAUAAAUUAUAAAGAUAUAAAAUAAAUAUUAAUAAAAUUAAAUAUAAGAAAAUUUUAAAAUUGGAAUCAGAAAAGCAAAUAUUAAAUAAUUUAAUUUAUAAGAAUGGUAGAGUGCACUUUUAUUUUUAAAUUUGCAAAACAAUUGAAAAUAUUUCAUAAAAUGAUAUUUUUAUUAAAAUAAAAAUUUUUAAUAAUAUAGGUAGCAAUAAAUUAAUUUUAUUUUCUUAAGUAUGUAUGUUAAAAAUAUUUAUAAAAUUGUAAUAAAUCAUUUUUGAAAUUAUUCAAAAAUUUUGUGGCAUAAACAUAUUAGGUAUACGAAAGUUUUUAAUUUAAUUUUUUUUUUUUUGUGUUUUCAAAGGAAUUGUUAUUUGUUACAUUAUAGUAAAAUUGGUCUGAUCAGAUAAAUAUAAAAGAGGAUUAAAAAUAAAAACUAUAUAUUUGAAUAAAAUGAAAUAAUUUGGUUUAAGUGGUAAAUUUUUAGAACUUGCUUUCAUGUCGACAAUAAAAUAGAAAAUCAACAUUAUUUUUAAAUCUAAUAAAUUUUAUUAAAAAAUGGAUUCUGAAUCAUAUUACGGUUUUGCUAAAUAUUUUAAAAAUAACAAAUCCUAUUUGUUUUCAAUAAAAGCUUAAGUUUAUGUAGAAUUAAGUGUAACUAAGGCAAUUUUACAAAUAGCAAAACAAAAAGGGUCAGAUUGUUUCAAUCAACAAUCUAAAUAUUUCAUAUUAUUUAUAUAUUUUCAUAUAUACAAAACAUAUACAUACAUUUAUAUAUACAUUCGUUUUAUACAAAAAUUAUUUACGUAUGCAUAUGCAUAAUUUUUUUUUAUAUUUCACAUAAUAAUUUAAUUCAUAUAUUCGAAUUUAUAUCAUUUUUAAAGCAUCGCACAUAAUUUAAUCUACCAUUAUAAAAUAAGAGUGAUUUCAUCGAUUUUGCGAU